AUGAAUGAUAUUCGAAGGAGAUUCCCGAUGCAUAUGAGAGACUUCUUCUUGAUGCUAUUGAAGGUGAAAGGAGACUUUUUUAUUAGAAGUGACGAACUGGAUGCUGCUUGGGCGCUCUUCACGCCUGUAUUGAAUGAGCUGGAAGGGAAGAAAAUAGUUCCUGAGUACCACCCAUAUGGGGGUCGAGGUCCUGUGGCCUUGGGAGCCCACUAUCUUGUGAUCAGUAAUAGAUUGCUUUGCCAUUGCCAGAAGACUUGCACAAUGGUGGUGGGAAUGACUCCUUGA